UCUCAGAAUAACUGCAUUACUGUACCGAUUGUCGUGCCCACUCUCCGGGUUUUCAGUGUGUCCGGUGCUCUCACCCCCUCCCCGCAGGAGCGCGCGCUGCUGCUUUUCGCGCACACACACUCCUCUUUAUCGCACUCUCCCCAAGACUCGUGUUUGUGGAGUUUGGCACACGCGCAGCAUCACAUCGAUCACCGUGUCAUCUAAAUAUGUCGGUGUGAACGGUGAAAAAAGGAGAGAAGCCGAGGGAUGAUGAGAUCGGCGCGUCUGUGGAUGCUGGUCUGUUUGGCGACUGCGUGUUGUCAGCUUGGCACCGGUGAUAAAUAUGGUUGUCUGUUUGAUGAAGGCCUGUGCUCCAGAGAGGAGAUUUGCUGGGAUGAUGAGCUGUUUGGUCAGUGUCUUGCGGAGAGACAGGAAAGGUUUCGCUACACGGUGACUGCAGUUCUGUUGGACAGACUACAGUCAUUACUGCAAACGCUCAUGAAGGAAGGACUGACAUGGCGGGAUGAUGUUACUCAAUCAGUGAUUAAGAAAGAACUCAGCAAAGUGCCGAAGAUCCCACUGUUUUCUGGCACAAAGAAUGGCCCCUCCACAGAGUCUCAGAGUGGCUCUACAAACCAGCUUAACUCCAAACAAGCACAUCCCUAUAUGGACUACAUGAUUGUCGAGCCCCCUCAGUCUUCUCUACAUAUGCAAAGUCUGGAUCCUUAUAGCUACCAGCGAUAUGGUUAUCAAGAUGAAGAGGAGCGCUCUUUAAACCUAGUGGACAAGGGCAGAUAUCCCGCAUCCUCCUCUCGCGUCAGGGGAAAUCCUCCAGUUCCUCCAUCUCUGGAUAAGGAUGAUCAGCUUCUGCAGGAUCUGAUGACUCUCCUCCUUUCCUCUCCUGCACAGCCCAGCUCGCGCCAUCGUGUGGCAGCACCCCACUCCACCUCAUCUUUUUUCCAGGAUCUGGACUUCCCGCUUGAAUACAAGGAUUAUAACAAGGACACCUUUUCCCAAGAUGAAAGGAUCAGCAGCCAAAGAGAGCCAAAGAAAGGUCCCCAGAAGUAUGGAGGCUUUUCUGCGCACAGCGGAAUAUCUCAACAAGGCCUAAAUGAGCUGCUCCUGCAACAUGGGUUUGAUCUAAAUCACCUCAACCCUGAGGAGAUGGAGCGUCUCUUCACUGUCCUUCAGUUCCUUCAAAACGAACCACCAAAUAAUCAGAGAAAAUCUGAAGCAAAGGAUUCCUCUGCGCCUCCAAAAGUGAUGAAGAUUACCGAGGGAGAGAUGACCCAUGUGGUGGAGAAGGCUUCUUCACCCGCUUCAAAUUCCUCCUCUUCUUCUCCGCUCAACCCUGGAUCUCAAACCUCCCCCAAGAGCCCCAGCUCCCCAGGGGCCUCCAAAGAUAACUCCAUCCCAAUGGGUGCCAGUGUACUAGGGCCUUUAACUUUCAAACAAGAGGAAGGACCGCUUGGAAAGGGAGCCCUGAGUGUACAACCAGGAAAGAAUAAAACUAAGAUAAAGGAGGAGUUUGGAUACAUUGUCACCAAUCAGAGCCCUCUCAAUCUGUCCGAUGGGGUUCGUCUCCUCAAGACCCUUGCUGAGACGAUCCAUCUCACCACUGACUCUUUCAUCAAUAUCAGUGUGGUUGGUCCAGCUGUCACUUUCCGGGUGCUCCCGAACAGCCAGAAUUUAACAGCAAGUGAGAUUUCCGAAAAGACUGUGUCUCAAAAGAACCUUCUAGAAACAGAGACUGGUCUGAAGGUGCUUCAGGCAGGUGUCGGGGAGAAGAAUGAAGGCCAUGCGUUGCCAGUGGCAACACGUGUUCGUGACAACACCCAGUGGGUGUUCCUCAUGUUUGUGGGUGUGGCUUGUUUGGGUGGACUCCUGGUGGGGGCGUUGACCAUCGCCUGUCUGCGCACUCAUGGCCGUCAUUUGGCAUCAGGGAAACUGGGACUGGGGCCUGAAGCAGGAAAUGUGACACAUUAUGAGUACCAGGAUCUUUGUCGGCAGCACAUGGCUGCUAAGUCCUCUUUGGGCAGGCAAGACUGUGGCGUCGGAGCUGCAGGUGGUGCUGGUCCGGGAGCUGUGGGAGGAGGUGGCGGUGGAGGAACAGAUACGUCACGUGUCAGCAGUGUGUCGUCACAGUUUAGUGACGCCCCUCAGCCAAGUCCUAGUUCACACAGCAGCACCCCCUCCUGGUGCGAGGAGCCAGCGCAGUCUAACAUGGAUAUCUCUACUGGGCACAUGAUUCUGGCAUAUAUGGAAGAUCAUCUGAAGAAUAAAGACCGUUUGCUCAAGGAGUGGGAGGCUCUGUGCUCCUACCAGGCAGAACCCAGCACCAUCUCAGCAGCCCAGAGUGAAAAUAACAUCAAGAAGAACCGCUGUUCGGAUGCCGUGCCCUACGACCAUUCCAGAGUGAAGCUGAAGGCUGAGAUUAACCCUUCCAGGACAGAUUACAUCAAUGCCAGCACCAUUAUCGAGCAUGACCCCCGGAUGCCAGCGUAUAUCGCCACCCAAGGACCUCUCUCACACACCAUCUCUGAUUUCUGGCAGAUGGUUUGGGAAAGCGGGUGUACAGUCAUAGUGAUGAUGACGGCUCUGGUUGAGGAUGGAGAAAAGCAGUGUGAUCGCUACUGGCCUGAUGAAGGCUCUUCUCUAUACCACAUCUACGAGGUGAACCUGGUGUCUGAGCAUAUCUGGUGUAAUGACUUCCUGGUGCGUAGUUUCUACCUGAAGAACGUCCAAACACAGGAAACUCGUACCCUGACUCAGUUCCACUUCUUAAGCUGGCCCGCACAGGGAAUACCCACUUCCACGCGCCCUCUGCUGGACUUCCGCAGGAAAGUCAACAAGUGCUACCGUGGACGCUCCUGCCCCAUCAUUGUGCACUGCAGUGAUGGUACAGGCCGGACUGGAACAUAUAUCCUGAUUGACAUGGUCCUGAACCGCAUGGCUAAAGGAGUGAAAGAGAUCGAUAUCGCUGCAACCCUGGAGCACAUUCGAGACCAAAGACCAGGAAUGGUUCGCACCAAGGAUCAGUUUGAGUUUGCGCUCACCGCUGUGGCUGAAGAGGUUAAUGCUAUACUCAAAGCUCUACCGCAGUAAAAUGAAUGGCUGUAAAUGAAGUCGACUCGCACAUACAUACGUACACUAUAACAACGACAUGCAUGUGGGCAUACAUGCCUUAAAUGGCCACCGAGGUUAGUAUUAUGGAUGUGCAUGAGUAAAUGAACUAGUCAAGUACUUGUUUACUAAUUAGCAAAACACGAUUUGCACUUUGAGUUUUCUUUGCUGAAAUGAUUAUUACUAAACCCUUCGCAUAAAUCAUGUUACACUACAUAAGUUAGACUGCGAUAUGAAAGGGUGAAAGAUCCAAGUGUGCAACAUUUCAAUCUUUAUGGUUCUGAUUAGAGUCAUGCUUUCCACUAGAUAAAGAUCAACUUUUAUGAUAGAAAGAAAGCCACCAGGAGAUAUGAGAGUUGUGUUCAAUCUGUGGCCGAAGAGCACUUUUUUACCCAUAGCAAACUGUUAAAGAGAUUAAAAUUAAUAUUUUGUCAAAAAAAAUUGCACACCAUUUACUUCUCACAAAUCAGUUUCUGUCUUCUUUUGAACACAAAGAUGACAUUCUGAAAAAAAAAAACAAUCAGGGAAUCUGUAAGCACUGACCUCCAUAGUAUUUCAUUUUCCUUCUAUGGAUGUCAGUGGUUACAGGCUUUCAGCUUUCUUCAAAAUAUCUGCUUUUAGGUUCAGUAUAGAAAAAAGAAAAGCAUAAUGGUUUGGAACCAAUUGAGGAUGAGUACAUUUUCAUUUUUGUGUAAUAUAUAUCUUCUAUCCCUUUAAACAAAAGCUGUUACAUGCACCCAAAUCAGAUCAUAAUUGGAUUGAUGAUUAAAAACUAAAUACUAAAUUCAGAUUUCAUCCAGACUUUAAAAAAUGCCUUUUGUUCAUCUACAUUCGUGUGAUACAUAUGCUUACAUAGUUUUAUUUACAUCUCGGUGACUUAUGAACUGGGGGAUAUUCCAGAAAGCAGGUUAUGUGACAUACCCGGAUAAGUUUAAUGAUGUGUAAACGGAUCAUCUUUCGGUUCCAAAAACAGAGGUAAUCUUUAGGGUUAUUUUUUCAUUCAAAUGUAUUCCUUGUAAUAAUGUAAUUUUAUUUAUUUUAACAAAUGUGGAAGCAAAACCAACCAACAGUUAAAAUAUAUAUAAAUCUACAGAUUAUCCUGCAAGCACAAACUGCUUUUUCUUCAACUGACGUUUAAUUUAAUGUGUACAGUGCUUAGCAUAAAUUAUUUUCAUUUAUAGAAUUCUCGGUGAAUAUAACCAAUAUGUUUGUGCAUUUAAACAAACGAGAUUUAUUAAACAGUUAUAUCUAUUAAAUUAAGACUUUGGUCACCAAACAUCUUUAGGAAUGGAAAGAUAAAACAUUUCAAUUCAAACAAGUAAAAAACAAACAAAAAAAACAAAUGUUUGUUAUUCUGUUUAUUUUGUGUUCGCGGUUAACAUACUCUUAGUUGACUAAACUUACUCCCAGGAGUGGUUUUGAAACCGAUAUUUCUUGAGUAAGCAGGUAUAGGGUUAAUCAUCCCAGAGCUCAGACAGUGAAUCAGACUGAAUAUUUACUACACAUUUCGUCACCUUAGAAUUAUAAGGUUCUAUCUGACAUUUUUGUCAAAACUGAAUUAUUCACAUAUUCUUGCUAAAUGACAUCUUAUUUACAUUAUGUGAUGUUUUUUUUUUUAUAAGUUGUUUUCAUUGUAAGACUUUUUAUUUAAAAAACAAAAAAGGUUUCAUCUACAAAGUCGAACUCUAGCUUGGCUCUAUGAGGUUUUCUGUGAACCAAUCAGCAUUUCGAAUGCAGCAACGAGGACCCAUCAGGAUCAGUUUUCUUUGUCAUUUCACUGGUCUGCUUUGUUGAUAGCAGGAAAGACCAGAAAGAAACACAAAAUCAGAAUCGACUAAAUAAUGCUGCACUACACAAAAUUGAGAAGAAACCUGAAACUGAAAAGAUGUGUGUAAAUGUGAUAAUUAAGAAGCAUUUUUGACAUUGAGAUGAAAUGUAAAAUUUUACUUUGUUAAAAAAGAAACGGUUAUUAAAAGAUUUAUAUAAUAAAUGUAAAACAUAUUUUUAUUUGUGUAUAUAGUCAGUGAAACAUUUUUUUGUGUUUUAAACUCAUUUGCUCAUUGUCUGUUUUCUUUUAAAGUCUUUAAAUUUGAUGUUAAGCCUUGAAGAGCAAAUGCUUAAUUUAACUAAUGGGAAAUAUAAUUCAAUAAAUAUAAUUCAAUAGUUUAUAUAAAGCAUAUAAUUCAAUAAAUAUUACCAUAUUAAUUACGUAAAAUUAACAGCUGCACUGGAUAAAAUAUUUCGCACAGCCUUGUUUAAACAAGAAAAAAAUAUUCAUCUUAAAAUAUGAAAUAAAUGUUACAGAAGGCAAAAAUGUAACUUUCUCAAGCCUAAACAUAUUGUUACAACCCCAAUUUAUAUUUUAUUUGUGAUUGUAUUUCUUGAAAAGUAAUGCUUCAAUUAAAGAUCUGCCAGAUAGAACCUUAUAAUUCCAAGCGGGAAAUGACUUUUCAGAAUUAGUAGCUUCUAUCUGCAUUUGUUGUGUUAUUUUUACUCCAAUCUGCAAAUGUAAGAGAAUUUUGAUUUUUUUCGAUUUAGAGUACAUUUAGGGUCUCUGUCAUGUUAAUGUAUGAAAGAGCAUUGUUACACACAUAUUGUUUGCUAUAUGAAAUGCAAAAUCUUUGAAGCUCGAUAUCUCAAGAUCAUUAGGAGCACAGAACCUUAUAAUUCCAAGGUGACGAUUUGCUAAAGCACAUGUCUGCUUUUUUUUGAUAUCCAAAAGUUCCAAGUAUAGCUCCAGGGACAUUAUCACAAUGCUCUCUUCAGAUCUGAACAUUGCAACUCAUGUGCUGACAUGUAAUGCCCACUAUAUAUCAGUUUGAUUGAAAUGUUUACUCUGAAUCUGGAAUCACAUUUCUAUUAUUUUAUUAUUCUGUAAACAGCCCUAAAGAUGGCAACUGCCAGCGCUUUGAAUUUCAUAAAAUUAAAAACAAUAUACACCUUAAUUUCAUUUAGAU